AUGCUAUACAUGAAAGUAAAACGGCCUGAGGGAAUUGAAGUUAGAGUAAGAAGGCAGGAUGUUUUGCUGGAUGGCAUCAGGCAGCUACAACGGAAAAAAAGUUUGUUGGGUCUCUUGAGAGUGCAGUUCUUUGGAGAGUCGGGGAUAGACACUGGUGGGCUUCGAAAGGAAUUUUUAUCUGGUAAGCCAGGAUCUGAAAUGUGGGUAUCCAAAACUUUAGGGAGGGUGCCACCCCCCUACAAUCUUUCGAUAAAUUGUAUAGACAAUUUUAUCAAACAGGCUACCUGAAAGUCCUUUCUACCUUUUUCAACACUAAUAAUCUACUAAUAAUAAUGUAUUGCUCCAGAUUGAAUUGGACGUGACUGGCUGAAAGUAGUUUAGCAUGAACAGCGUUAUUGCAAUCAUAUGUGCAAAUUUAUCAUUAUCGUAUUUACUUGUGUAUAAUGCGCACUUUUUUACAUUUGAGGCUGAAAAAUACGCUGUGGAUUAUACACGGAACCUUUUGUUUCCCAAGCGCUACUCAUUUGCAUAAACAAAAAAAAAAUAGCGGUGAUUUAAAUGGCUGUUUCCAGGACUUUUGUUAUCACAAGAAUAUGAACUACCUAUCACAGCUGUUUAAUUACAAUCAAUAAACAACAAUCGGUAUUUAAAGACAAUGUUGUCAAGUAUCUUUAUUUCAAUCACUGUUCACUUGCACGAUCCAUUAUGGCAAAUGGGCCACUAGGAUAUCAUUAUUGCUGUUUAACAAAGAUUGUAAAAAAGGUCGCGAUUUUCUUCUGUAAACUUGAAGUUUACUUGUAAUAAACUGUUAUAAUGAAGAAUAUUUUGUUGUAUUUUGAGCUGAGAAAGUUUCGGUUUGUGGCUUUAAUAACAGUAGGAAUUACAAUUUUUUUCUAGAAAGUGUCUUGAAAAUUAGCGUGUGCAUUAUAUACGGGUGCGCAUUAUACGCGGGUAAAUACGGUAUUGGCAUUGACAGUAACAGGCCAGUGAAAGUUGUUUUCUGAUCAGUGUGACAUCCUGGAAAACUCCUUAUGAAUGGCUGUGACUUUGUGAUUUUAAAGAUACAAAUAGGACAGAAAAAAAUUAUAUUACUUUCCCCAUAAAAAUUAAUACCAGGCAUGCACGACUGUGUGUACUGUAAAUAUGUUCACUUUACAAACAUUCAACUACCAUGAUUUGAAAUCUAUUCCCUCAAAUCUUUUUUAACAUUGCUUCCUGUAGCAUUUAUAGCUGCAAUUCAGACCAACUUAUUCGAGGGCACUGAACUUAGUGGUCUGUCACCUGGACCCCAUGUUGAGGCUGUGGAGAAUGGCUCCUUCAAAGUUGUUGGGCAAGUUAUGGUAAUGUCAAUUCUCCAGGAGGGUCCACCACCCGCCUUUUUAGCCAACUGGGUAUACCGCUAUCUGUGUACUCCUGAUGUCACAACCAUUCCACUAGUAGAAGAUGACAUUGUUAAUCCAGACAUCAGGACGUUAGUGAAAAGGGUAAUAAUAUUUCUUUUAAUAGCUGAAAAAAAAGUUGCACAUUUGUAUGGGCAGAAUUGAUUUAAAUUGUUCAUAAGAAUAAGGAUAGCAACAAUUAUUGUUAUAUGCCUUUAUAUAGCCUUAUGAUUUUACAAAAGAAACUCCAAGCAAGACUUUCAAAAUUCAUGCUAAAGAUCUGCUGCAUGCGAAAGUCGAUGGCAGUACUUAACCUUUUUCCCAAACUCACACUAACGGAUGACAUUUGCAGACAUUUUAAUGCUAAGAAACAGCAGAAUAAGAUACUCAAAGUAUGCAAUAGAUACAUGUAUAAAAACUUAACAAACUUAAGACUGUUAAGGAGGCUCACAACAGUUUCCAGCACAUUCUGGCUCUCAUACAUUGAUGGGUUAGUGCUAUAAUAAUAAACAUUUAUCAGUCACUGGUACAAAAAUGGUUUCAAACAAAUCCCCAAUCAUUGAUAAAGAUAUUGUGGUUAUCUUCUUGACGUCAACAGUAACCGUGGCAACGGUAUAACCCGUUAAAAACACCCUUAAUUUUAUCUUUAAGUGCUUAUAACUCAAAAACGAGUCCGGUGACCCCCAUUUGUACUAUUGAAUAAUGAUCAGCAUGUUAAGGUACAACUUUUUGCAAAAUUAAAAAAAUUUCUGCGGAGCAGUUUAAACUGGUGACGUCAAGAAAAUAACCACAAUUUGUUUAUCAAUGAUUGGGCAUUUGUUUGAUACCAUUUUUGUUGUGGUAACUGAUAAAUGUUUGUAGCACUGACCCAGCAAAGUAUAUGUGCUAUAAAGUACUGAAACUGUUUUGAGCCUCCUUAAAUAUUAAACCAAUUCUGAAAAUGAUAUGUCACCAGAUAAAAGAAGUGAACAGUAAAGAAGAACUGUAA